CGUGGCAAACAGGAACUGGGUUGAUUCAGUCGGCAACAGCUGCAGUGUUGACAGGAGCGGCUCUGUUCCCACUUUUGUGUAUCUAUAUCUGUUUUUAUUCGCUUUGUUCCCCGCAUGGGACGACGUUUUAGUCGCCAUUCAGUAGCUCGUUCUCGAAGGGAAUGAAAAAACACAAGAGGAAGAAAGAAAACGGAGGAUUUGGGAGCAAUGAGAAUGGAUGUGUCAGAGAAUCAGACUGUGGAAGGAAACACAAGCUGACUGUCAUUCAUCAAGCUUUGAUAAGAGACCCAGUGGACAUUGAAACCCUGAGGACGGCUGCAGCCAGUAGAGGAGGCCUACUUACCGAUGAGCUACGGAGAAAAGUGUGGCCUAAAUUACUGAAUAUAAAUGUGUAUGACCUACCACACAAACCUGGUCGAGAUGUCAGGGAAAACCACAAGGACUACAAUCAGGUUCUCCUGGAUGUCAGGAGGUCCAUGAAGCGAUUCCCUAAAGGUAUGCCGGCCGCAGAGAGAGCCGUGCUUCAGGAGCAACUGAUCGACAUCAUCCUGGAGGUGCUGAAACGCAACCCUCAGCUCCACUACUAUCAGGGCUACCAUGAUGUGGCUGUGACUCUGCUGCUUGUGGUCGGGGAGCGUAUGGCCAUUGCCAUGCUCGACACGUUGUCCAAUUUUCACCUCAGGGAUUUCAUGGAUCCGACCAUGGACAGCACCAAACACAUUUUAAACUAUCUUAUGCCCAUAUUGGAACAAGUUGACGCUGAACUACACGACUUCAUGAUCAGAGCAGAGGUUGGCACCAUCUUUGCUCUCUCCUGGCUCAUCACGUGGUACGGCCACGUCUUGUCUGAGUUCAAACACACUCUGAGGCUCUAUGACUUCUUCCUGGCCUCCCAUCCACUGAUGCCUAUCUACCUUGCUGCGACGAUUGUGUUGCACAGAGAGAAGGAGGUAAAGCAGACGGAGUGCGACAUGGCUAUGGUGCACCACCUGCUCUCCCGCAUCCCUCCGGACCUUCCAUAUGAACUUCUUAUUGGCCAGGCCCAGGAACUGUUCGAACAGUACCCUCCAUCAUUGCUGGCCAAGCGGGCUGCUCUGCAGUCUCACAAGAGGUCUAGAAGCUUCCUUGCCCACAGCUCGAGGCCAGCUGUGGAGGGAAGGGAACAGGAUGAUGAAGAUGGCAGUGUGGGGGCUGUCCGCUACACUCGGUGCCGCCGUGUUCGCUGUGGCUCAGACCGCCAUGGACUGGGGACCUGACUUGGUACUUCAGCUCUUCUGAUGGGGCCGGUGGGAACGAGACACAUCGGCAAACCUAAUCAAGCUGUUGCUAAGCCACAAAACGCUUACUUGAAUGACUUGAAGAUCAAAUCUACUACAGGAGGAGGUAUCCUCGGUGCCCAACAGGAUUUAUUUUCACUUCUCUACAAGAACCAAGAAUGUGAGGAUUACUGCAUAGGUGUUCUCAGGAGACAUUUUGGUCAAUGCACAUCCUUUGUGUCAGAAAUGAGUGUGAAACAAAUCUAUAAACUACAACAAAUGACUUAAGGGCACAAAAAAAGAAGCAAAAGUAAUCGGAAAUACAUGUAAACAGAUCACAAAGUGCUGCAAAAAGGUCUGAAUAUGCAUGUAGGAAGCUGAUGUACGCUGCUUAUUAACGCUGUUUCUUUUUUUAGCAUGUUUUUUAUGGGUUUCUUUGAGGCUGAUUAUUUCAUUGAUGAACUUGUUUUCAGUCUCUCACAUGUGUGGUGCGGUUCAGUGAAGAGUCUCAGUGUGCUUGUUGGAUCCUCAGCUUUAUAUAUCAAAAAGCCAAAAGUGCCCAAAGCCAGCAGCAUGGCACACAAAUACAAAUUAUUAAAGAGCUGGGUUUUCUACUGAAAGCCUCUAGUUAUGAGUGAAGGAGGAGGCUUAGCACUGGAUUUUUUUUUGCCUGUGAGCCUUGUAAUAAUUGCUCUUCUCCAGGUGUCAGCGAGUAACAUUUACACUGGAGCUCGACACACAAAAAUAAGCUGCUCUGCCCCCCUUCCCUCACUCUGAAAAACACAAUCAUUAGAAAUUUCUUAUAUUUUGGUGUGUGUUUUUUUUUUUCUUCCCCCCAGCUCCAGUAGACCACCGCUGUUUAACGAGUAAGAGGAAGACUCCACUAGUUGUGUGCUCUUAAAACGUUUAACAGGUUGUGGCCAAAAGCCAGUCUGAUCUGCCGUCAAUAGAACAUGAAAAGGCCCAACAUUAUGAGACAAUUCUGUCAUUUUCUGGUUUUAUACGAGAAGAACAUUUUUCCUGAACUGUAUCAUAACUGCUUUUUAUUUAUUAGUUAUUGUCGGACUAAACGUAAGAGUUAUCGAACAUGAGAGGUAAAAGUUUCACCUGAGCUGCAGCCAGCUGUCAGGGGGGCUUUAUGGGAUUUUUGCUCCACCGUAGCGCUUUCUGUAUACUUUACUUGUAGCUUAGCUGCUCCUGCUGUAAAUGUAACAUUCAUCCCCCGCUCCACACGCUCUGUCAUCAGAUAUAAAUGUGUCACUUUUGCAACGCUCAUUGGGCAGUCCACCCUGCUGUUUUUUCUUGCUUUGCAGCAAAUUAUAUCAGCCAUAGACAGUCUGAAUUAAAGAAAAAAACACUCUGAAAGGCUGUUUCCACCCUCAGGAAUUCGAACAUCUGCCUCCAAAUACCAGUUUUUAUCAGUGAUGGUAGUCGGUAAAUCAAUGAAUUGUUAUAGGAACAUACCUGGUAAGACACAAGCAAUGUUAUGACUCUUCGAAAUGUUUAUCCGAUGGUAAUUGAACUGUGUGUCUGAGACAAAAAUGAAAAUGUCAGCUUAAUUAAUUAACUGGCCAGUUUGUUCUUUUCUUCCAAAGCAACUUUUGUUAGUUAAAACUUUUAGUGCACUCAGUGUCUCAUUGUUUGCUGUACGCUGUUAUGUUUUUUUUAACGUUUUAUUUAAAUAUUAGAUUAUAUCUUGUGUAUAUAUAUAUAUUUGAUGAUGUUAAAUUAAAUGGAAAAGUUGGAAACGAUUACAGUUCGGCACACAUCAAACUGAAAGUAUCUUUAUUAGUCUCCCUUGGGAGAAAUUUGCCUUGGAUAACAGGAUCAGCUGUAUUGUACUACAUCCUCAAUCACUAAUAAGAGGAGUCUCAGAAAAUAAUAAAUAAUCACACAAUAGCAACAACAAUUCAUAAAUCACAGGUCGACUAAAACGAUCAUAUUAAAAUAGUGCAAAUCAACCUUUAAAAAUAAAAAAAUUCAUAGUUUUAAUUUAGGGUUGCUUCAGUGAUAUCAAGAUUGGUACUGUCUGUUAUGUAUUCUGGGUUUGAAAAUGUAACGUGAAAUAAAUAAGCUUUCCUUGUAAA